CACCGUGGCUAAGAGAAUAAAUGGCCUCACUCCUGAGAUUGGCGGGGCACCGCCUCAUUUCGCGGAGCCCGUCAUCAAUUUCCCAACUUCGGUGCUAUUCCCUGCCGGCGAAGAUUUACGAUUCCGGGGCAGAGGAGCUUGAGAUGAUCGACCAGAGAAAGCUCCCAGCCGAUUACAAUCCCUCCAAUUUUGAUCCCACAGAGCACCGCACCCCGCCGUCCGAUCGCGUAUGGCGCCUUGUUGACGAAGUCUCUUCCCUCACACUCGCAGAGGUCGCUGAGCUCUCUUCCAUCCUCAUGCGGAAGGCGGCCUUGAGUGAGCCUCCCGUCAUCGGUGUCAUGAAGCCCGGCGCUACUUUACCUGGUGCUGUCUCUGCUGGUUUGGGGGCGGAGGCUGCCGUGAAGGAAGAAGAGAAGCCAGAGAAGACGGUAUUUGAGCUAAAGCUGGAAUCUUUUGAGGCGGCAUCCAAGAUCAAGGUUAUCAAGGAGGUGAGGGCGUUUACGGAAUUAGGUUUGAAGGAGGCCAAGGAAUUAGUGGAGAAGAGUCCAUCAGUGAUAAAGAGUGGAGUGUCCAAGGAAGAGGCGGAACAGAUUAUUGAGAAAAUGAAAGCUGCGGGAGCUAAGGUCAUCAUGUUGUGACGAGGUGGGAUCAGGAGAGUUCAAAGGGAAGAAAAUCUUCAUCGUUUGAGAAGGAGCAGUUCAUUGAGGGGGCACUCUUUAAUUUUAAGAACUGAUAGAUUUUUUUAAUAAAAAUAACAUUGGGGAUGGCUCACAGGCAUUUGGUUUUAUGUGGGUUGAUGAGCUUUCAACA